GUGCGUCUGACCUGACUCGCGCGCGCCUGCUGCCUCCGUUACACUGCGAUCUUCUGACCGCCAGGUACUCUUCUCUCCCCAUCUUCUCCCUUCCUCUCCCCUCCUCCCCGCUUUCUGCUAUUGCCUCGUACAACACGCAACAAACACCGGUUCUUCCACUCCAUGGGUUUGUAAUCGCGCAACCUGCUAGGGCAGUCCUCAACUCAUCAUGAUCCCGCGGUACCCUUCUCGACCCUCAUUCUACGGACCUCAGGGAGGCGAGAUCACCUAACACCAUAAACAUGGAAUGCGAUAUUUGUGGCAAGGCUGGCAGCCAUGACCACCUACUUCACUGCAUAACUUGCGCCCGCUCAUACCUAGAACAACCCCGCAUCGAGCUCGCGAAGACGCUUAUCGACAAGGACGGGGUUGAAAGACACGUCAAGGCUGUUAUACAAGGCACAGAUGACACGCCGAGCGUGUCUCUGUCAGAUUCGAAAGGAGGCUUUCUGGUUGACCGUCAGCUAUGCACUGACAAUCUGAACUGGCAACGGACGAGGACGGAAACAGUUGAGAUUCAGGAGAGAAUGACGCUUAUCACCGAGCAAGCAUCCCGUCUCCGAGAGCAGAUGCAGAUCAUGAGGGCAGCGAUCGAAGUAAAACAAGCGGUGAAUGCCCAGCGCAAGUCAGACCUGUCAUCUGCCACUUAUGGCAUCGACUCUCGGCGAGCCAACGAGCUAGAAAAGGUGCAGCAGAUGGUGAAGAGGAUGGACUACAAGUCUGACAAAGUACACUUUGAUACCAUCGAGCAGCGAAGACAGCUGUGCACAACAUCUGCAAAGCUCGCCGGGCUGAAGUUGAGCAAAAGGAGGACCAAAGAUGGGGGCAUCAAGGAAGUCCUCAACAUUGGACCGGGAAUAAAGCUGCGCAUCUGGGACCUCCGAGACAUGAACGACGCCCCGCCGGAUUUUCUAUCAGCCUCUCUCGCUGCUGUCGCUCAGUUGCUUGUGCGCGUCGCUGCUUACUUGGGCAUUCGUCUUCCCGCCGAGAUUACGUUGCCUCAUAAUGGUUAUCCUCAACCUACCAUAUUCAGCAUUGCCUCCUCGUACCAAGGCAAAAAGGUACCAUUUCCGGGCACUGCGCUCUCUGAUUCUUCGAGCAACAGUCCCGAGGCGUCUCGCACCCUCGACCCGCGCGUACCUCUUCCGAAGCCUCGUACCUUGUUCAUCGACCGGCCACUGGCGCACCUGUCUGCUGAAGACCCGCCGGCUUACUCAUCCUUCAUCGAGGGCGUGUCUUUGCUAGCGUACAAUAUCGCUUGGCUCUGUCGGACGCAGGGCAUGAAAGACGACUUCAAAGGCUGGGAAGACGUUGGACCCAUGGGCCGCAACCUGUACCGACUCCUCAUUUUGCAGGAAACGUACAUUUCCCGACGCCCAGAAAACCCACUCGACAAAGACAUGCAUGCCAUCAAAUCAUCUGCGUCACCCAUAAAAAGAGCCCCAGUGGGCUUUGGGCAGCUGUCACAUGCUACGUCACAUUCCACCCUCAACAUGGCAGAAAACGCACAGUAUCUCAGCGGUUGGAGUCUGACGCCCAUCAAAAUACUCGACGAGAUGAAGGCAUACUUGCUAGCAGAGCAACAAGCCCAGGAGUGGGACGUGCUCAAUCAGAAGGAGUGGGAAGACAUGGAAAAUCUCAUCGCAGAGGACCCAGUCAUGGUGGGCGACACGCGACGCAACACCGACUUGGAUAAUGGCCGCAGUCACAUCACUACAACUACCGCAAAUGGGUCGCACAAGGACGAUAUGUCCGAGGGAGGGGUUCCUGAGCGCAAGAAGGGCACAAGCGGUUGGACCAAGGUUAAGAGCAGAAGUGAGGAAGCUUCGAAGCGAUGAUACCCAGCAAAGUACUAGAUUUCUUAUUGUCGAUUCGUAGAUUGAAUCCUGCAUCACGUAUGAUCGUGUGUUCAACGUUGUGCACGGAAUGUUCGGCCUAUUGCGAUAUGGUGUAAUCGUGCCUACUCAUCGUACCUUCCAUACUCGUCCACGCAGUCCGUACCUGCCGAUCUGGUAUAGGGUUGGUAUGUAAGCAUGCAAGGGCCGACGUAAAGCGAUCGGGGAUUACAAUGACGCCUUAGAAGCUAACCCCGGAGUCGCGAAACCAACGCGCCGCCUACGGUCCGUUAUGUUUUGCGACGUCUUGGCGUAUGGAGGCUAUGAUUAAUC